CCAAAGUCUUUAUUCUACAAUGGCACCUAAAGUGAAGAGCCACGUAAAUGUCGUCGUCAUCGGACACGUCGACUCCGGCAAGUCCACCACCACCGGCCACUUGAUCUACAAGUGCGGAGGUAUCGACAAGCGUACCAUCGAGAAGUUCGAGAAGGAGGCUGCUGAACUCGGCAAGGGUUCCUUCAAGUACGCCUGGGUGCUCGACAAACUCAAGGCUGAGCGUGAGCGUGGUAUCACUAUCGACAUUGCUCUCUGGAAGUUCGAGACUGUCAAGUACUUUGUCACCGUCAUUGACGCCCCUGGUCACCGUGAUUUCAUCAAGAACAUGAUUACCGGUACCUCGCAGGCUGACUGCGCCAUUCUCAUUAUUGCCGCUGGUACUGGUGAGUUUGAGGCUGGUAUCUCCAAGGAUGGUCAGACCCGUGAGCACGCUUUGCUCGCCUACACGCUCGGUGUCAAGCAGCUCAUUGUUGCCAUCAACAAGAUGGACACUGCCAAGUACUCUGAGGCUCGUUUCCAGGAGAUUAUCAAGGAGACCUCCAACUUCGUCAAGAAGGUCGGCUACAACCCAGCCACCGUUGCCUUUGUCCCCAUUUCUGGCUGGCACGGAGACAACAUGAUUGAGAAGUCCCCCAACAUGUCUUGGUUCAAGGGAUGGGAGAAGACCGUCAAGGGUAACACCACCAAGGGAUUCACCCUCCUCGAGGCCAUUGACGCCAUUGAGACCCCUGUCCGUCCUUCCGACAAGCCUCUCCGUCUUCCUCUCCAGGAUGUCUACAAGAUCGGUGGUAUUGGAACUGUACCUGUCGGUCGUGUUGAGACUGGUGUCAUCAAGGCCGGUAUGGUUGUUACUUUCGCUCCUGCCAACGUCACCACUGAAGUGAAGUCUGUUGAGAUGCACCACGAGACCCUUGAGUCUGGCCAGCCCGGAGACAACGUUGGUUUCAACGUCAAGAACGUCUCCGUCAAGGAGAUUCGUCGUGGAAACGUCUGCGGUGACACCAAGCAGGACCCACCCAAGGGUGCUGCGUUCUUCAACGCUCAAGUCAUUGUCCUCAACCACCCUGGACAGAUUUCUGCCGGUUACGCACCAGUCCUUGACUGCCACACUGCACACAUUGCUUGCAAGUUUGCCGAGUUGCUUGAGAAGAUUGACCGUCGUACGGGUAAGUCGAUUGAAGACAAGCCCAAGUUUGUCAAGAGCGGAGAUGCUUGCAUUGCCAAGAUGCAGCCAUCGAAGCCUAUGUGUGUGGAGGCUUUCACUGAGUACCCACCUCUCGGUCGUUUCGCUGUUCGUGACAUGCGUCAGACUGUUGCCGUUGGUGUCAUCAAGUCGGUUGAGAAGACUGACGGUGCUGCCGGUAAGGUCACCAAGGCUGCACAGAAGGCUUCCAAGAAGUAAAGCGGGUGUAGGAGUUUCAUCUCCUGUAUUUGGUUUUUCCUUCAUGGUGGUUUCUUUCACAAAAAAAGAGCUUGCUUCCUUGCACGACAAUCUAGAGUCUCAGAGUCCAUAUGAUAUCAAGCGUUGCUUGUCUAUUGCGCUAUCCUUGCU